AUGUCCACCGAGCCGCCUCACGAAUCAAAUGUCGACGUUCAGCCAGUACAUUUACUCGUCCUCGUACAUGGAAUGUGGGGACAUCCGGGACAUUUGGCCGAGAUGGCGAGGAUUGUAGAGGAGACGUAUGCACGUGAAGAGCUACACCUGUUGCUCGCAGAAGCGAAUCGCGAAGAAGGAACGUACGAUGGGAUUGAUUGGUGUGCGGAACGGGUUGUCGAUGAGAUAGUUGACGAAAUCAAUAAAAUUCAGCAGCUGAAACGGGUGACCAAGUUUAGCAUUACAGGGUAUAGCCUUGGUGGAUUGGUAUCACGAUACGUUGUAGGGAUAUUAGCUCAGAGAGGUUAUUUCGUUACCAAUGACAAUGACAACGGGCCCUCCUCGUCGUCGCCAAUACGAAUGACCCCAAUGAAUUUCAACACCAUCGCUACACCUCACCUUGGCCUCAUCCGAUACUCUACUCUCUUUUCCUCGCUCGCGCAUCGGCUAGGACCGAAAUUGUUGAGUAGGACUGGGGAGCAGUUCUAUCUGCGGGAUAAUUGGGCCGCUGCACGACCUCUCCUGGAUAUAAUGUCCGACCCUUCCCCUUCGCUCCCGUUCUAUCGCUCCCUAACGCUCUUCAAACAAGUAAGGAUAUUCGCGAAUGCGGUGAACGAUCUUACGGUGCCAUAUGUUACUGCCGCGAUGGAAGAUGAAGAUCCGUUCGUUGACUGGGAAGAAAGGGGCGUCAAAGUUAAAUUCCACCCGAAAUACCCUCCAAUUAUCACAUCAUAUACUGUUCCUUCAUUGUCUCCUUCAUCUCCAGCCUCCGAAUACACCUCUGCCCAACGCUCUCCCUCUAAACGAAAACCCAAAAUCUCGAAACCACUCAUACCUCUUCCGCCCUUCCUCAUUAAACCUUUCCCCCUCAAUCUCCUCAUUUACGCCUCUCUCCCGCUCCUUGUACCCCUCGCUUUUGUUCUGGUGUUCAUACGGUUCACGAGAGCUACGAGCCGGAGUCGCGUUCGCAUUCGGGGGCUAGAGAACAGGUUUAGUGGAUCGGAUAAUCAACAUCACACGAAUGGCGUACAGAGUCUCGUGCAGAUGAUUCAAGCUAUUGAGCAUAGGGUUGAGAGAGUGAUUGAGGAUGCGGUGGUGGAUACUAUUGAUGAUCCGGUUGGUGGUGGGAGUAUUUCUGCAAACCCAUCUGGGGCAUCGACGCCGUUGUACGAUGACGGAACGACAGCAUAUUCGCCGUCGGGUUCUCCAGAACCUUCCCCACCGCCUGAAUCUGUGCUCACUUCUACUGCUGCUGCGCUGGCAUCCACACCGCCUAACGCAACAUCCAUGAUAAAUCCGAAACCAUCUCACAGCCCAUCUGAACUGCCUAAGUCUUCGAAAAAUGCCCCACUCCUCACUCCUCUCCAACAUACUAUAGUUGCUAGAUUAAACACCCUCCCUGGAUUAUCCAAAGAAAUUGCUUUCAUUGAUUCAUUUGUUGAUGAGGUUCCCGAAAACGAGGACGAGGAUAACAACCCCAAAUCCAGGGAUGAAGCUAUUAUCAACAAUUCUUCGAAAUCCACAAAGCCCACGAAAUCAAAGCCCAAGCACUCGAUUCCAAUUCCAAUCCGCAACGCCCAUGCUCCGAUUGUCUCCCGCGACGUCCGGAACUUUGAGCAUCAUAAGAUUGGAGAGGGUGUGUUGAGGUGUUGGGCAGAGGGGUUAGUUGUGUAA